AUGAAAGAGGUCGCGAAAGGCUCAGCCAUCGACAGGUGCGCCCUGCCAGAACGAUUCUAUCGCGACCAUCUUCAGAAAGAGAACGGAUUUCCUGCUUUUUCAGACGGACUUCCUGACUUUGGCGGUAUCCGAGAUUACGUGCCCGGUGCUAAGGAAAACUUCGGCAUACGUAAAGGACCAGGAUGCCUACCAUUUUUAUCUGAAGUCAUGCAAGUCGCUUACGGUAACUGCCAGCAGGUUGCCGACGAGAAAGCUUUCGAUGCUUGGGGUGACGAAUUGAAAAGUGCUAUUCUAACGGGCAAAAUCGAUUUACUCAAAGCUAGUCAAGAAACGUGCCGACGUGGAGCAGAACGACAGCAAUGUGGUGCCCUUCGACGAGCCAUAUCAAACUGUGAUAUCCUCGAGUCUCUACAGAUCGGUGCACAAUUGCAAAGGGCCAUGAAACGUUGCGAGGAAGUCUCAGGACUCGUCGAUCAGAAUCCUCUCGUCAUUCUGAGCCAAAUUAAUCGCCUGGUUGGUGGCGAAUUCGCUCAAGGAUUCCUCAACAAGAUGGUGUUACUGCUUUACGCUUUCUUAACGUUCACUCUUGUGUCCAGUGCUCCUAUCGUUACGGUCCUUCCAACUACCACUGGCCUUCCCAGUACUACUACUACUACUGUCUUGCAAACUACUAGCGUCCGUCUCUCGAGCAUAGCACCACCUCAACCAGUCAUCGCUACUUCCACAUCGACCGAGAGUACCAAUCUCUCAAAUGACACUGAAGCCACAUAUACCGGACUGCGUGGAUCAAUCCAACGCGAGAUUAUCUACCUUCGUGAAAGCUAUGAAACCCUAAGAAAAGAAUUUGAUGAUUGGAUGAACACCCCUUAUCAUCGUAACGUGGUGGUUCCAGCUGCAAUCGGUGUGGUUAGCGCAUUUAUUUCCCUGAUACUCUUCUACUUUGUAAAAGGAUCAUGUCGACGAUGCAUGCGGAGAUUUCGUCGCACACGAUUAUCACAUAUGACCUGCGAACUGAAUGGAGAUAAGAAACGUAUGCUACCUCGAAAAGGCGAUACUGACGACGACGAUCUGUGA